AUGUUGGCGUACCCAAUAAGGUUAAUCUCUCGAAUGGAUCCUUUGAAGUACCUGUUUGAGAAACUAGCUCUCACUGGGAAAUUGGCGUGCUGGUUGCUUAUGUUGGCAGAAUUUGAACUCCAAUAUGUCACAAGGAAGUCAGUGAAAGGAAGGGCCAUUGCGGAAUUUUUAGCUGACUACCCAGUUAAAGGAGGAGAAGAUGUCGAGUUUAAGUUUUCGGAUGAGGAUUUGAUGAUCAUAGUAGAGGAUGUUUGGAAGUUGUACUGUGACGGGGCUGCUAAUCAGAAAGGGUUUGGAAUUGGUGUGCUGUUAAUAGCACCCGACGGAUCCCACAUACUGUUUGCAUUCAAGCUAAAUUUUGAAGUCACCAACAAUCAAGCAGAGUAUGAGGCUUGUAUUGUUGGCAUGGAAGUAGCCAUUGAAAUCGGUAUAGAAAAAUCAGAAGUGGUGGGAGAUUCUAACUUAGUGGUGUCACAAGCCAACGGCGACUGGAAAGUCAAGGAGGAGAAACUAAAGUCAUAUCAUCAAGACCUUAAAGACCUCAUUCCUCAUUUCAACAGAGUAACUUUUACUUAUGUGCCAAGGCUCAAGAAUCAAUUUGCGGACACUUUGGCAACGCUGGCAUACAUGGUCGAAAUCCCCGUUAGUAUGAAACUAAGGCCCAUUGUGAUUGAGCAAAGAGAUUCCUCGGUGUACCAGCAUGUUAUGGUUAUUGAUGAACCUGACGAUGGCCACCCCUGGUAUUACGACAUUUGGAGAUUUGUGGAAAGGGGAGAAUAUCCUGCUGACUCAAGCAAGAAAGACCGAAUUGCUCUCCAAAGGCUCACAGCCCAAUACAUCAUCUGCGGGGGGAAAUUUGUAUCAGAGGUCACACUGUGGAAUGCACAAGCUAUGUAUCCAUGGAGCAGAAGCGGAAAGAGUGAGGAAGGAGAUUCAUGA